CGCCGAUCACCUCGAUUGAAUGGAACCCUAUAGAAGAAUCAGUUUUAGCAGCUUCUGGAUCGGACGACCAGAUAUCCAUAUGGGAUCUUUCGGUAGAACAUGAUCCUGAAGAAAUUUCACAUAAAAUCUUAAGAAAAGGUGAUAUUGAAGUGCCAUCACAGCUCUUGUUUAUUCAUCAG